AUGUCUCUCUCUGACAUCAGACACCUGCUCUGACCUGGUUAACUCCUGCAGGCUCAGAGCAUUGUGGGAAAGCUUUGGAGGAUGUGAAGCUCCACGUCUCCCUGGGGUUUCUCCACUCUCUCUCAUCCUCCUACUCUCUUUAUUUCAUCUUUUCCCUUUCUAAUUUACAUUUUCCUUUCACUUCUUUCUUUCUUGAUCGUUCUGUUCUUUCUCAAUUCAUUCCUUAGUCUUUCUCCGUCUCCUCUCUACAUCCGUCUGUCUCUGUCUUCGCUCUCCUUUUUCCCCCCUGCGUCGGUCACUUUCAUACCUCUACCUCUCCCUCAUUAUGCUCCAUUUCUCUACACCCGUCUUUGCCCUACAUUUUCAUCUCUUCCUUCACUGAUGCCAGUUUCCUCUUUUUUCUCAUACCUCUUGCCAUCUCCUUUGGACAACAUUGUGGAUUUAUAGAACAAAACUACUACCCUUCUUGGAAAAUGGUACUUUGAUGUAAUUACAUGGAGUCUUACUUUGCCAGCAAGGACUGUCAGUGUUAUUUUGUAACACACGACUUGAGAUUUAUGGCUGCGGGGAAGCCACCUUCUUUGAAUUUCACAUCAAGGAUUGAUUAAUCGGAUCAGCAGCUCCGCACUGAAGACCUGAAUCUCAUAUUUUGUGGGUAUUUAUUGGAUCGUAGGGUGGCCUGAUGGGUAGAGAAAUCUUCCCCUAACAGCGGAAGCCAGGCUUGAAUGUCUGUUUUGUGAAGCUUACAUCCUGCUGAAGUGUCCUUGAGCAACUUACUGAAUCCUCUCCACCCACAAGGGCUCAAUCACCCUGCAGUGAAGGAGAAAAAAAAAGGCCUGCCUUACAGGGAUCAUUACAUAUCACAUUGCACAAUGGUUAAGGUAUGUUGCUGGGUUAAAGGUCAUGACAUAGAUUGGACAGAUUGAUUACUAAAACCUGGCCCCAAGCCACUUCCUCAAGUCAUGAAGUACCAUGAUGUUUCAGCAAGAUGUAGAGGAGCGAGUCGCAGUCUUGUGAUCAGUAGCUUUGGUUCCUGCACCAGAUACUAUACUGUUUUUAGUGUCUUUCAGUUGUUUUAGUCUAGGCAAAGAGCAAAAAACCUGACCUUAAGAUCACCUCUGAUUUGGAUCAUUUCAGCCUGCUGGACCGCUGUGAGAAGCUGAGUCAGACCUUUAUCUCUGUGUUAUUUAAAGGUGGAAACAUUUGGAGCAUCUCUAUCAGCUGGACUUGGACCCUGAUGAUAGAUGUUGAGCGCAGUGGCUGCUAGAGCGUAGACAGUCACGGACUGGUAUUCUCUGUACCUCCUGUGGGGUUAUUUGCUGUGUCACCACAUUUUACAGCACAAAGGAUAUUUGACAUCCUCUGUUUCCUCUUACUGGACUCUCUGCUUUACUGGAGUUACUUACAACCCUGGGACACUGGCUUUGAUUGAUUUUUUUUUUUUUUUCCUUUUGCAUUUCCUGAGGCCGUCUAGUCAGGUGGCUAAAAGUCGUACAAUGGAUGAUAUGACCCCUGUAACCAAUGACAGCCCAGGUAUCAGCACAGCAAGUCUCACAUUCUAACUUCUUUGGGAAAUUUUUUGGAUAUCACCGUUCGCUCCACAAUUUUCCAUAGUUGCAACAAGCCUGAUCAGGAGCCAGUCUUGGUCCUUGGCUCUAUGCAGUUUUCAGGGCCUGGCAGUUUUGUCUGGGCCCUGUGGCCAGACCUGGAACUGCUCCCCCUACAGAACAAAUGGAGAACAGCGGCUGCAUCCCACUCUGCUGGAGCAAGGGGGCUUGCAUCUAUGCACAGCACCCCCUACCAAAAUAUGACGGCCAGUUAGCCCCAGCAGGAGCAUUUGAGUCAGGCAUGGCGUCGUCUUCCUACUUGGAGCCCAACCUCAAUCACUCUGCAGCAGGUGGUUGUGGGGUUAAAUCCCGGUCUGGGAUGCCUGGCGGUCCUGGUGUUGGCACCAGCAGCUCAGCCGGAGGCCUCGAGCGGCCCCCAGGCUCCAUGGACCGGGUUCUCAAGAUCUUCCAUUACUUUGAGACAAAUAGUGAACCAUGUACCUGGGCUAGUAAUAUCAGGCAUGGAGAUGCUACAGAUGUCAGGGGUGUCAUCCAGAAGAUAGCAGAGAUUCACAAAUUGCGCUGUGUGUCCUCUCUGGGCCUCCGUCUCACUCAUCUGCACUCCGAUGCUCUCCAUUGGUUACACCCUGAUUUGGGCGUGUGUCAUGUCAGGGAGAAAUAUGAGAAGCAGCACCCCCAGGAGGAGUGGAGGUAUGAGUUACGGAUGCGGUACCUUCCCAAAGGUUAUCUCAGCCAUUUCUCUGAAGACAAACCUUCUCUUAACUACCUCUAUCACCAGGUCAAGAGUGAUUACAUGCAACAUAUAGCUGAUCAGGUGGAUCAAGAUGUUGCUUUGAAAUUGGGCUGUUUGGAAAUUAGGAGGUUCUUUAGAGAGAUGCCUGGCAACGCCCUGGAUAAGAAAUCCAACUAUGAACUACUAGAGAAAGACGUUGGUUUGAGAAGGUUCUUCCCCAAAAGCCUGCUGGACUCUCUUAAGGCAAAGACUCUUCGUAAGCAGAUCCAGCAGACCUUUAAGCAGUUUGCUAACCUCAACGAUGAGCAGAGCAUCCACAAAUUCUUCGAGAUAGUCUCUCCCAUCUACCGCUUCGACAAGGAGUGCUUCAAAUGUGCUUUAGGGUCUAGUUGGGUAAUAUCAGUGGAGUUAGCUAUCGGACCAGAGGAAGGAAUCAGCUACCUCACAGAUAAGGGCUCAACGCCUACACACUUAGCUAACUUUAACCAGGUUCAGUCCAUCCAGUACUCUGCUUUGGAAGAGAAGGACAGGAAAGGCAUGUUGCAGCUCAACGUAGCAGGAGCUCCAGAGCCUCUCACAGUCACCACGGCAUCGCUGACUACAGCAGAAAACAUGGCUGACUUGAUUGACGGAUACUGUCGGCUCGUCUCCUCAGCUACUCACUCCUUCAUCGUAAGAGUCCACAAAGAGGGGGACAGGGCUCUGCCUUCAAUACCAAAAGUUUCAAAUCAUGAGAAGCGGAUGGAAAAACGGAUGGAUGGAGUACGGACCAGAGCUGUGUGUGUCUCAGGUCACACUAGUGGCGAUGAAACGGACGACUACGCUGAGAUCAUAGAUGAGGAGGACACCUACACCAUGCCUUCAAAAUACUAUGGACUAGAUCAAGCACGGGACUAUGAGAUUCAGCGGGAUCGUAUUGAGCUGGGACGCUGCAUAGGUGAAGGGCAAUUUGGAGACGUUCACCAAGGAGUCUACAUCAGCCCGGAGAACCCAGCUCUGUCUGUGGCAGUGAAGACGUGUAAGAACUCAACGUCAGACAGCGUCAGGGAAAAGUUUCUCCAAGAAGCAUUGACCAUGCGUCAGUUUGACCAUCCUCACAUUGUGAAGCUGAUGGGAGUUAUCACAGAAAAUCCAGUCUGGAUUAUAAUGGAGCUCUGCACACUUGGGGAGUUGCGGUCGUUUCUCCAGGUGAGGAAGUACAGUCUAGACCUGGCCACUCUCAUCCUGUACUCGUACCAGCUCAGCACGGCAUUGGCCUAUCUGGAGAGCAAACGCUUUGUACACAGGGACAUUGCAGCGCGGAACGUGUUAGUGUCUACAGUCGACUGUGUAAAACUGGGGGACUUUGGUCUGUCGCGAUACAUGGAAGAUAGUUCUUACUACAAAGCAUCUAAAGGUAAACUGCCUAUUAAAUGGAUGGCUCCAGAAUCCAUCAACUUCAGACGAUUUACCACAGCCAGUGAUGUCUGGAUGUUUGGCGUCUGUAUGUGGGAGAUUCUCAUGUACGGCAUCAAGCCUUUCCAGGGUGUGAAGAAUAACGACGUCAUUGGCAGGAUAGAGAACGGCGAGCGGCUGGCGAUGCCCCCUCAGUGCCCUCCUACUCUCUACAGCUUGAUGACAAAGUGUUGGUCUUAUGAUCCCAGCAAGAGGCCGCGCUUCAAUGAACUCAAAACACAACUCAGCACUAUAUUAGAGGAGGAGAAGGUCCAGCAGAAGGAGAGGAACAGGAUGGAGAUGAGGAGACAGGUCACUGUGUCCUGGGACUCAGGAGGGUCUGAUGAAGCACCACCAAAGCCCAGCCGUCGUCCCUCUCUGCAGCCCACCUUCGGUCUGGAUUGUCUUUCCGCUCCUCCUCCUCACCACCAUUGCCACCAAAACCAGCGCUUUGCCUCCCAGCUUUCCCUUUGCCUUGGAAACCCUCAUCCCUCAUCUCCUUGCACCUCCUCUCAACUCCCCACUCCUCCACUCUACUCCUCCUCUCUGCACUUUCCCCAUCACUUUUCCUACUCUCCCAAUCCUCAGCCUCAAUCACCACCUCCUCAAAACAAAACUCUCUACAAUCGCGCUUUCUCUCCACACCACGCUGGGUUGAAUUCCGAGUCCCAAGCUCGUCCCAGCUUGUCCCCACAGUUUCAAACUAACCUCUGUUCUCCACCUCACACAGAUUCAGACAGCAUGUCCAGUGGCAGCUGCCCCUACAAGAUAAAUCCCUCUACUAACGGCCACCUGCUCUGUUCAUCCCAGCCAAUGUCAAACAACUCCCACUCCCAUCCUAGGCACCUCUCUCCACUCCUCUCCCAAUCCAGUUCUAACCUUCACUCUCCUCUCAGCAGGAUGUCAAAUGUUUGUCCCCUCACCCUCCAAAACAUCCAGCACAUGUCAAAUUCUAAUCUUAAAAUCCCGCUGUUGCCCAGCUUUCACCAUGGCUGCCAAACUAAUCCCAGUACCCCACUCCAACCUGACUCUGACCCCAAGACCCAACACCCUGCGGUGCAGUCAUGUCGGAGGCCCCCACUGGUUUCCCCUGCUCCUCUCACUUCUUGCACGCUGCCCUCCACCAACCCUCAUCCACACAGUCAAAUACCAAGCUUCCCUGUAACUACCCACACAGCAUUUCCCAUCCCCUGCUCUGAAAGAAACAUGUCCAGACCCUUGAAGGCAGGUGGUGUACUGCUACGCUGCACGAUAGAUAUUUUUAAUAACUAAAACAAACCUGUAUGUCUGCAUCAAAGAACGUUGCAACAUUCUUGGUUGUGGAGCCUCUGAUAAAUGUUGGGGGGGUGGGCUUCUUGCACAAGAAAUAACAUCAUAUUGAACUUGAUUAUUAUUGAUCAAUUGAGGCUAUUGAAGGUAGAUAAAUUUACUAUAUUGUUGUUGAUUGGGACAUUGAAAUGGUGACUCACUCAAAGGAUUUGAUUCAAAGGAACUGACACCAAAAACUGAGUUUUUUCUUUUAUAAUAAAAAGAUUUCCACUUGAAACAUGUUAUGACAGUAUUUUAAGGUGGAUUUUUUUUUUUCUUCACAGACCUUGAUAACUUGGUUUUCAGUCAAAUUUGAUUGACAGUGGCUUGACAGCACAAGCACAUAACACAAGCGAGUGAGCCCCACCCACUUCGAACUAGUGACAUGGACACAGAGCUUCUCCAACUCUGGCUGAAAAUUGUCUGUUUAUAUUUGUUCCAUAAGCUGAUUGAUUGAUGACAAUAAUGUUUCCAGGACCUUAAAAGGUUCAUUUUCUUUUAGUGCUUAUUUAAAAUUUGGCACGUUACUGCACUCAGGAUACUGGUUUAUGCCCACAUCCCUUGACUUUCUCUAUGUUCACCACAUGACAGCCAAAGUUAAAAUAAGCACAGUGCUGUUUAAUCAGUCACUUAGGAAAGAAAAACAUUGAAAAAGGAACAUGUCAGUCAAUUUUUUGGCAGAAUGCACAAAACGGACAUAAACUCCAUGUAAAAAAAAAAUGUUGCAACAUUAUUUGAUCUGUUGCUUUAAUAUUCCAAACAUUGAGUCAUUGAUUAUAAUUAAGUGCCAUGAUUUUGAUGCCAGCACCAGUGACUGUGCAGUGAGCAUGUUUAUGCUCGGCCUGGUGACAUGGUUUAGGAUGCAAAAGAAGUGCUGUUAAAAUGUUCUGCGUCGUGAUUGAAUGUAGUAACAUACGUUUGUGUUUGUCUGCGUCAGGCAUUGUGUUGAUGUGUCCCCGGAUUAUUGCACCCUAUUUCUAGCCUGUUCAGGAUGCCUGUGUAAAAUCCUAAUUCCACUGGGCUAACAGUCUGACUCACCUCACACACACACACUCAGAGCUUAUAUACAAUAUUUCAUGGAUUUUGCCAGAAAAAGCAAAGAGUCACAGAAUUGACAAAAAAAUCUUGUGGUCUGCUGUAACACGUCCCUGGAAUUUAAAUGAUGAAUGAGCUCAAAAAGGAUGUUGAAACCAUUUUUUUUUUACACUAGGUGGAAGCCAAAGUCCAGAACUAAUGCUGUAAUGCAGCAACUUUUACACUCUCCAGCACCAGGUCUCAUAUCUGUCCAAGAGGAAUGACUUUCAACUACUGUAACAUAUAGUAUAAUUCACCAUAAUGCUAAGGAACUGCAGUCUGUACUGAAUUCUGCCACACUGACCUGCUGCAUAUACAACUGACGCUUGUGAAGAAUGUGUGAAGCUUGAGAUUGAGACAGUUACCAUAAAUACAUAAAGACCUAGCUAAAAGGUCUCUCUCUACUUAAUCCUGUUUAUACAGAGCUAGCUCACUUUCACCUUGACCUAGCUGUUGGGUGCUGACCAAGUAGCACUACACAUGAGCUGGUUUUUGUGGGUGAAUCUGUUCUGAGGUGAGAGUUCUUUAGUCUUCCCUCAGAGCUGUAUCAGCACUCUGCCUUGGGAGAGCGUAAAUAAAAUGUAAAAAUAGGAUGCACCUUUACAAUCAGAGAUACUUGUAGCACAAAAAUACAGAAUAGGUAAGACAGCCAGAAGACAAGUCACAAGUUAAAUCCCUCCACUGGACAAAAUCCAUUCCUGUUACAAGUCACAGUGAAACGUCCCUGUCAGCUUUUGCUGUAUGUUUGCACAGCAUUGUGGCACCUAAAUGGUGAUAGACGUGUCUGUGUGGUAGUCAGUGAAUUGUGCCCUAGAGUGAUACAUUAAGUAAAAAGAAAAUCUUAAUUACACCAUGCUACUCCACAUUCCUAAAAUUCUUCAUGGAGUUAUGCCAUGGGACUACAUGCUAGUGAGAGUACGUGUCUCGUAACAACAGGUUCAUUUUAAAAAGAAUCCCAAUGACGGUGUGGGCUGCCCUGAAAUUUGCUGCAAUUUUAAUUCAUACAAUCAGUUUAACUGCCACAGGUGAUGACACAUAGCUGUGGCUUGAGAAUUGUUAGUUAACAACACAUAACCAUGCACAGCACCUCAUCCAAUGAGGUUGUAGCAAGCAAAAAACUUAUAUUAAAUAAAUUGAAUAAAUAUUUACUUUUGACAUGUUGCUGAUUCUCUACAACUCAAACAGAAGGAACAGCUGCAGUAGUCAAAGUGUCAAAAUUGUGUCAGCUUAUUUUCAUUGCCAGUAGAUGGUGAGCAUUGGCAAACUGCUGCUAUUGCCUGUUUUUCCUGUAAACGGCAAGCUGGUGGUGAAACUCCUGGUACUGGAUGACAUUGACAGUGCCUAUUCAUCUGGUCAUUGAUUCUUAAGAAAACUGUUUCUGUCUCAUCCUGUUGUGUCCUCUGUGAUUAACCUCCAGUCUAUGUGUCUGCUGUCCCUGUGUUUUUCUUUCUGUUUUUAAACUGGGUAUUCCCAGGGAAACCUCCCUCCACAUGGACUGACUAUGACAGGGCUGUGAAUUUGGGCCAGAUUGAAACUUUUAAGAUAUAAUUUUCUUCUUGAGUAGGAACCCUGUGUCCUCCCCCCGUGUGAGCACAUCCACAAACCUGCUGUAUGUUUCUGUCUGUCGGUCUGACUCUGUGUCUGAAACUUUGACACUCCCUUUUGUCUUGUCUUCAGUUUGUCUUGUCUGCUUCUCUUUGUCCUUCUCUUUCUACUUUUUUUUCCCCUUUUUUCUUUCCUUAUCUUCCUCUUUGUCAUUCCUUCCUGUCUGUUUCUUUGCUGUCCCCCCCCCCCCCCCCCACUACCCCUCCCUAUGUGUCUUUUGUGUCUGUCUUGCCGUCGGAGGUGUGGUCCAGAGAAAGCUACUAUGAGAGACUGUGGAAGGUAGAGGUUACAGUAAUAUUGUGCUAGACACCUGCUCUGUGUUAGAGCAGUUUAAAUCAUCAAGAAAAGUGUUUCCAGUCAUUCCAAGAGGGGAAACUGUUCAUCAGUUUUUAACAGUUUCAUCUCAACAAAUCACCAGAAACCAACAGAAGAAAUUAGGCUGUGGGUUCACCAAGGACUUCUGGUUUUACCUACAAGUGGCUAUAAUCCAGAAUCAGACUCACUUCCCUCUAUUAAAGUCUGUUCCUUUGGCCAACAACAUUCAGUGGAAAGCUGCAUCACAUUAUCUUGCUUUAGAAAUGAUUCAUAGUAGGAUAAAUCCCUUUUAUUCUGCUAAUUGGAAAUAUUUUACACUUCUGUCAUUCAGUCUAGACAGUUUCCAAAUUAGAACAAAAAAAUGUACUUAAAAUAGGGGUCUUUGGUGAACAUGCAACCAUAACAGACUGUUUACACACCUGCAUCAUAUCUAACCAGGUUUUCCAGCGAUCAGUAGUAGUGCAGGAAUUUAACAUAAUCUACACCGGUAAUCCAUGGAUGUUUAUGUUUGUAACAUAGGGACAGUAGUUCAUGCCAGUUCAACUAACAGCUUGGUGGACUUGCAGCCCCGUGGGUGGUCCCUCUUUUUUUGAUUGACAGCUAACCCAGCCACACAAACAGCUCCUGGAGGUUUGUGUGUCGAUUGUCUGAAUGACCAGGUGUCCCGACUUGUAUCAUUUUGGUUUUGGAAACAAGAUGAGACAACACUUAAUUUUUGUUUUUCUUUAUCUUUCUAUUUCUCAAUCUCCUUUUCUCUUUCUUUUUUUCUUUUGUUCUU